UAGGAAAGAAACCUAAAACCCGGAGGGGUAGCGAUCGUCGGGAGCAGUUUCCAGACUCCCUUCCCCGCGGCCGGGAGAGGUCCCUCUCCCCCCGCGACUGGCACGGAAUGUGGUGAUCCGGCCCGGGGCGGGGGAUGACUUCAUGCUGCCGGAGCGCGGCGGCGAGAGCAGCUGCUGCAGCCGGCAGGUGGGGUGGGGGCCGGCGGAGCUGACCAGGCACUCGGCCGGCUCCGCGGCACUGCGGCCCGGGGGCAGCGGGCGCUGGGACUUGAGCUGACUCCAUCCCGAGAAGUCCCUGCUAUGUGGAUAUUUGUUAGCAAUGACUGAUGUGGAAACUACAUAUGCAGAUUUCAUUGCUUCUGGAAGAACAGGUAGAAGAAAUGCAAUACAUGAUAUCCUGGUUUCCUCUGCAAGUGGCAACAGCAAUGAAUUAGCCUUGAAAUUAGCAGGUCUUGAUAUCAACAAGACAGAAGGUGAAGAAGAUGCACAACGAAAUUCCACAGAACAAAGUGGGGAAGCCCAAGGGGAAGCAGCAAAAUCUGAAAGCUAACGCCCCACUUUGAUAACUUCAUCAACAGCUGACAAUGUCUCAAAUCUCCAGGCCUGGCUGGAAUGAAUUUGUUUCCAAGAGUGAAAAGGGGGGGAAAAAAAUGGCUGUGCUGCAUUGUAGGAAUCUGCUCAUUGUCAUAUUAAAAAUGGGGGCAGAGGCUGUGGCUGCAGACAGACUUUUCUCUACCUCUGUCUUUAGCAAUGGUUGAAAUCAUGUGGCUUGUGUUUGGAUGUCAUUUUUGAAUGGAUCCUUUCACUUGACCAUAUGAUAAAAUGCUUGUAGAGAGUAGCACAGACCUAGAUGAUGAUUCUUCCUGUAGCAUCUGGCCCCUCACAAUGUCAGAGGAUUUAAUUGUGUUUAAUUGCAAAAGGUUGGUUGAACCCCAGAGUUUAAAUAUCUCUGGUCCAAGUAUUCACCCAGUAAAAGAACCAUCCAGAAAGCACUGUUUUUAGCAUUAUGUAUCUGUGUGUUCCUGCUGUGUUAUUUACACUGUUUUGUAUUGUACAAUAUAGACACUCAGCACUGCCCCCUUCUUUGAUUGCUAAUGACAAACAAAAACAAUGUACGUUACUGUGAAUUUUUAUACCACUCAUUUUUAAAAGGGCUGCCUUUUUCCUUCUCCACAGUAUGGUGGUGUACACAGGAUAGAUCACAAUUUUUUUUAACUUAAUCUUUCCCUUUGAUUCACUGUUGAUGGAUUAAGUCUAACCAAUUCACCAAGAGUCCUUUGCUUUAUUAAACAGGCAUUUGAAAAUAUCCAUUAAUGUGAAUUUUACUUGAAUUCAGUCUGUUUGGUGUCUGCACAGACCAGAAUUCAAUCUGUAAAUUUUGUUUUAUUUUCCAUUGUUGAACUUUUCCCACUAAUAUACAUUUAAAAAUUUUUUUAAUUAUGAGGAUUUUGGAGAAUCAAGAUGGUGGGAAAGAGAAUACAAGAUAAUUCUAAGAACAGGAAAUAUUUUGUUCUUAUGGAAUCAAAUUUCUCAGUGCUGUAUGGUACUAUUUAAAUUUGGAGGACAACUUAUCUGCAUGGAGCUGUAACAGAUGGAAAAAAUUAUCUUGCAAUCAUGUGGCCACCAAUCACAAAAGUAAAGCCCUUGCAUUGUGUUUUCCAUGUCUUUUUUCAGCCCUAUCAGAUACAAAUGUUAUUAUGCACUUUUUAAUGUUUGUAAACUUUUACUAAUAAUUAGUGUGAAUUGCAUUCUGAUACAAUAAUAAUUAUCAUUAGAAGCUAACAAAAUCCUCAUUAAUACUGUUGAUAGGCUCUGCUGUGUUUUGACAUCAUGGUUCUUAUGUGGAAAGUUUCUGUGAGCUGUGUAAUCCCUCUGGUCAGUAUUAUAAAAUCACUUAUCAGUGGUAAUAAAUAAGGAACCAGUAAUAUGCCAGUGGCUCAUGGAUUACUGGACAAAUAAGUAACAGGAAGACCCUUUAUAAUAAAGAGCCCAAUUAAUUAUCCUUGAGGUCUUAGAUAGAGUCCCAUAUGAAGUAGGUUAAGCAGAAUCUCCAUAGAUAAUCUCCAUGGACAUAGUGGGAACUCAGCUCUCCUCUAUAGCUGCAUAUAGGAUGAAAUUUACAGUAUGUUCCAAAUGAGUGGGAUAAGGGCAUUGGUAUCAUUUGUCCUCAAUCAUGUAUUACUAGAAAAAAAUGUCAAUAGGGUGAGUCUCUCAGAAAAUAGAAGGAAGACUAAAUAUUAGAGUACUUCAUUCUAACCCAUUAAGGUCCAAAGUACCCAGUUAAAAUUCAAAUAAAUCCACCUAUUAAUAAUCUUACAAGUGGGAAAAGAGGUUCCUGAGGCUUUUUUAGACAAUCUCUCAUAGUCCAUUUAAAACAUCCAACCCAUAAAAUCACUCUUUCAACAUCCUCAUUUACUAUUCUCAUAGCUUUCUUGUGAAUCUAGGUAAAGUUCUCUCCAUCCUUAAAGUUGUGGAAUUCCAAACUGAUUUCAUGUAGUUUUGUAAAGUUUCGGUAAGACUAGUGCUGAGUGUAUGUGGAGAGUUUAUAUUCCUAUGUGAUAUAUUAUUAUUAAUGCAUGUGGUGUCAUGCUUGUCUUUGAAUAUAUAAUAGUGCUAAAUUGCAAAGUCAUAUGGAGCUUUUUGAAUUAUUUUGACCUCUUACUGCUACUUUGUCUGCUAUAUUCAAACCCAGAGGCAUUCCCAAGCUGGAAGAUAAAAAUCUACUUUCCAAAAUGCCUACAACCUACAAAUGUUGCUCAGCAAAAGUUCACAGUGUCUCCCAAAUUGUACUGUAGUAUCUUUUUCUUGCAAGUCAAUAAUAUACAUGGUAUUGAAUUUUUAAGGAGGAAAGGGUGGAAACUAAGACAUUAGGUUUGAUAAUAUGCACUUAAUGCCUACUAACCAACUGACAUUAUGCUAAUAACUUCUCAGCACAUUUUCUUCCAUUUAAUUGUUUCUCAGACAAUUUGAUUAAAAAGGUAGUACUAUCCCAUUUCACAGAUUAAGAAAUUAAGUCUCAAUAAACUAUAACUUUUCCAAGUUUAAAAAGCUAAUAAAUGAUGAAAUUAAGAUUUGAACCUAUCUUGGUCUGUCUCCAAGGAGCUUUCUACUACACAUGCCAUAAAACUAAAGCCAAUUUAUAGAGCAUAUUUAUUUAUAAGGGAACAUUUAGAGAUGAAGUGGUUCAUCCUCCAUUGUUUUAGAGAGGGAAACUGAGUCUCAAAAGAAGGAAUUGUCUUUCUCAAGGUUACCUAGAUGAGUAAUGACACAGAUGUGACUAGAUCACAGAAAGUGUACUUUUUUUUUAAAAAAAGAAAUUCAAUUAGAAUUUAUUUUUUGUGUUUUACUUGCCCCAAAAUAUUUUUCUGGCAUGCAGUCUAUAAAUUUAACAUGGUUCAGAUUUUUUUAUGUCCCAUUCUACUCGCUUUGUUUAAUUAACUAGAAAUAUGUAUGACAGUUUCAGUUUUUCAACUCAUUUGCAAUAAGUAUGAACUUGUCAAAUUUACCUUUUAUCAACUGUAAACAUCCUAUGCCAACAUAUUGCUAUCAUAAUUUAUAGAAAUGUUUUUCCAAUAGGUAAUAGGCAGCCUUCAAUUUUUAGGCAACACGCCCAAAACUGCUCGCUGUAAAUGCCCUACACUUGAGUCUUACUCAGACACAGUAAAAAUGCACCAUUUUAGAAGAUGAAUGAGAUUGCUCUUUCUCUUCAGAGAAGCAAUAAAGGGUAAAGAAAUGUAACUGCCAGGUAGCCAAGCUUCUGAGUGAAGCUUGUAGUAACAGGAAGACAAUGUAUAGUUACCAAAUAAAAAUAAGAAAGCAUCUAUGAUUUAUGAUGUCUUAAUAGGCCCCAAAUUGUUCUUUAAUUAAAGAGUGGCAGUCUCUGAAGUCAUUGUGAGCUUGUAUGACUUUUGUAUUUAGUAAUGUUGCAUGCUCACAUAAUUGAUAUUAAAAGUAAUACAUUUUUUUCUGAAAUGUGCAUAGUCUAUGAAGAGUAUUUAUUGAACAUACACUAUGUAUUUGAUCCUGAGAAAGUGCUGCAAGUGAUAAAGAAGUUUAAAGCCUUCCUGUGGUGGACAUACCGGCAUUCUAGCCUCUUUUUCUGGGAUUUUACUCCAAUAAUUUUUACCUCCAUUCCACUCUGGUGGCCCACUUCCUGGACUUCAUCAUCUGCCAGACCCAACUGUUAAAUCGUAAGCCCCAAUAUCACUCCUAUCAUUCUUACUUGCUCAUCUGUAGGGCAGUAAAAGAUUUUCAGUCAGAAGAAAGACCAGUGUUUAUCAGAAUCCCCUGAAAGUUUUACAACACUCUCUCCUCCACCCAUAUACAUUCUCUCUCUCUCUCUCUCUCUCUCUCUUUCUCUCUCUCUCUCUCUCUCACACACACACACACACACACACACACACACACACACACACAC